CACUUCCCGUCUAUCAAUUGGCUCAUAUCAUACAGCAAGUAUAUGCGAGCAUUGGACGAUUUCUAUGAUAAGAACUUCCCGGAAUUCGUCCCGCUGAGAACGAAAGUGAAGGAAAUCUUGCAAGAAGAAGAGGACCUGUCAGAAAUCGUUCAGUUAGUAGGCAAGGCUUCACUCGCCGAAACAGAUAAAAUCACGCUCGAGGUAGCAAAAUUGCUAAAGGACGAUUUCUUGCAACAAAACAGCUAUUCGCCGUACGAUCGUUUUUGUCCAUUCUAUAAAACCGUGGGGAUGUUACGAAAUAUGAUUGCUUUCUACGAUAUGGCGAGACACGCGGUCGAAUCAACGGCCCAAUCGGAUAAUAAAAUCACGUGGAAUGUCAUUAGGGACAGUAUGGGCAAUAUUCUUUAUCAAUUGAGCUCUAUGAAGUUCAAGGAUCCUGUUAAGGAUGGCGAAGCAAAGAUCAGGUCGGAUUUUGAUCAAUUACAUGAAGACAUACAACAGGCAUUCAGGAAUUUAGAAGAUUAAAUUUCUAACUUGUAACUUGUUAAAAGCAAUUUUAAGAUAUUAAUCGUUCUGUAUCUUGGCCCUAACAUUUAAGGAUGUCCCAGUCUAGCUCGUGAAUUGGAAAUAAUUUACCGAAAAUAUGCUACAUAGGCUACAAAAACAGCACGUUAUCGA